AUGGAGAAGCUGUUGACGCCCCUUGUGGAUGCUAUCAAAAAGAAGAAGAAAGUAACAUUCUUUCUUGGUGCUGGCGUGUCCACGUCAUGUGGUAUUCCUGACUUCAGAAGCCCCAAGACGGGUCUCUAUGCCAAUCUAAAGAAGUUGAAUCUUCCCCAUCCCGAGGCAGUAUUCGAUAUCGACUUUUUCCGGGAGAAUCCUAAGCCUUUUUAUAGUUUAUGUGAGGAAUUAUAUCCGGGAAACUUCCUUCCUUCUAAGUUUCAUUUUUUGCUUAAGCUCUUUGAGGACAAAAAGCUCUUGAAGAGAAUUUACACGCAAAAUAUCGAUACUUUAGAACGGAUUGCUGGUGUUUCUUCUGAUUAUAUUGUCGAGGCUCAUGGAUCUUUUGCAGAUAAUCACUGCAUUGACUGUAAUCGACAAAUGUCGGUUGAUGUAUUGAAAGAACAGAUGUCCCAGAAAGAAAUUAACAACGGUAUUCCUAAAUGCCCCAAAUGCAAAGGCCAUGUGAAGCCAGAUAUUGUCUUUUUUGGAGAGAUGUUACCUAAGCGCUUUUCUGAAUUGUGGGAUAUAGAUUGUGAUGAAGUAGAAGUAGCCGUGGUUGCUGGAACUUCUCUCACCGUAUAUCCAUUUGCAAGCCUUCCAUCAGAAGUAGCCGAAGACACAUUAAGAGUUUUAGUCAAUAAUGAAGUUGUGGGAGAUUUCGAUCAGGAGCUGGAAAAUGAUAUUGUGCUUCAGCUGGACUGUGACACCAUUGCACAAUUAUUGGCAGAAGAAUUAGACUGGCAUGUGGAGUUAGCUGACCUAAUCACCGCUGCCACGGAAGAGUUUGAGAAGCGCAAGACAAUAAGCAAGUCAGAAUCAGCUCAAGAGAGAGCGGAGGAAAUUGCAAAGGCCGUCAGAGAUGCUGGAAGGAAUCCAGAGAAAUCAGAGAAAUCAGCAGAAGCAGAGAACUUAAGGAAAGAUCCCAAAACGAAUGCGUCUGGCGAUAAAAACUCAGAUACAGAGGAAUUGGAGAAGAAGUUAGACAAGCUUGAUCUUUCAAAUAUCUAG